CCGCCUGAGCUGCCCGGCGCGGCCCGGCGCGGCGGCGGCCGCCACCGCCGGUCGGGCUUUGGCCGCCUUUGGCCGCGUGGCCUUGGCCUUGAGGGCCAGGAAGCAGCUGGAGCAGCUCGGCUGCAAGGUGACUUCCUCAGGGCGCCGCGGAUCCCGGCCGGCAGCGCUCCUCCGGCCCGGGUAGGCCGGGAAGCGGCGGCGGCGGAGAGGAGCGCGGAGCAGUGGCCGGGAGGGCGCCGACGCUUGGCUUCUUGGAGGAGAAAGGAUGGCUCAGGAGACAAAUCAAACCCAGGUGCCUCUGUUGUGCACCACAGGCUGUGGAUUUUAUGGCAGUCCUCGGACCAACGGGAUGUGCUCCGUUUGCUAUAAGGAAUUUCUGCAGAGACAACAGAGCAGUGAUCGGAUAAGCUCCCCAGCAGCCAAUGGUCCCAACAACAGCCCUGUGGCUUCAGAUUCAGUUGCAGGGCCAUGCGCAGAGGGAGACUCCACGCCUGAGGAUGUGAAAGCCAGUGCGCAGACUCCUGUGACCCAUCAGAUGACGGCCAUGAGCAUAUCCAGAGAAGAAAACAGCAAUGAGUCAGAAGGAUUUGUUAAGACAGACGAGGUCUCAUCAGCGUCUUCUUUGUCAGGUAGUCUCCUUGAAAUAUCCCAGAACACAGCUGAGGACAAGAUGGCUUCAGAAAAAAUGAAACAGAAAAAGAACCGCUGCUUCACUUGCCGGAAGAAGAUAGGGUUAACUGGCUUUGACUGCCGCUGCGGGAACCUGUUCUGUGCCAUUCACCGGUACUCAGACAUGCACGCCUGCCCGUACGACUAUAAGGCAGAAGCAGCUGAGAAAAUCCGUAAGGAGAACCCCAUCAUCGUAGCUGAGAAGAUCCAAAAGUUGUGAAGGAGGCUGAGCAGCUACAGCCACAUGGCCUGGUGCUUCUCCCUUUCCUCCCAGUGUUUCUACUCUUCCUCCCAACCCCAUCAAUGGCCUGAUGAAACCUCCAGCAGCAGACAUGAAUCUACACCCAGAGUUGGAGAGUCCUCACACCUCUUUGGCAGAGAUUUGGGGUUCCUCCUCUCCCUUCCUGUCUGUCCUACAGCCGCUGUUCAGUUGAUCCAUUUUUGACCAACUUCCAAAUGGAAAAGGGAUUGUCACUGCUCCUCCCACCGCCAGCACUAAGACCUUUGGACUUGUCUUCCAGCAGGGUGGUUUGCACAGUGCGGGCAGCAGGGCUCCGCCAGGCAGCCUGUCGUUCAGCCUGCGGCUCAGUUCUGCAAACCUCCCGGGACUAGUAGCUAGUGUCCGUGAGCUGUCUCCAUCCUUUGUACCCUCUGCCCCGUUGUCUGUUUGUGGCAGAUGUAGAAACAGGAGCUGAGGAAUCCGGGCCGCAAAUCUACCCUCUGCUCCGCCUGAGGUGUCCGUUUUUUGGAUGCAGGAAAAAGAGUUCAAUAGUUUUAAUGCCCCAAAUAUCCCCUCACUUCUCUUUGAGAAGCUGUUGUUGAAGCAGUUGGAUCAUUAAGCAGCAGAGUACUGACACAGUAAAGUUACUUUGUGGCUUGCGGUGGCACAGACACGCUCCAGCCACAAGUGAGGACCUUUAGGAACGUACCACUCCGUGCCUCCUGCCUCUCGCUGCUGGGAGGGAGCUGGCCUGCGGCGCCUGUUCCUUCCAAGGACUUGGCUGGCCUGAGGGACACCCUUGCACGAGCCUUCUGUGGGCUUGGAACGCUCCUCCCUCACCCCCUACGUGAUUGCUGGCCCCUUUCCAUGCGAGACUGGGUGUAAGACGGCCUCUUCUCUCCCCUUAACUCUCUACCUUCUGCCUUACAUGAUUCUUUCUCGUCAGGGUUGUGCACAAGGCUUAGACCAUCAAACCUCUAACCUUUCCUGCACGCUUACAAGUCUUGGAGACCUGUUUCCUCCACUGCAGACUUUGCUGAUAUUCAGUGAGAAUCCUUCUUUCCUAUGAGCAUAUUUACUCUGAAAGUUCACUCAACCUCUUUGCCCUCCAACCUCGCCGCUUGUCCCUGCGGGAAGACAGGGAGGGCCGGGUCCCCAGGGGACAUGGAAGUCACCAUUGCUGCAGUUAACCCUAGGGCACUCCUAAAGCCGAGCAGAGGGAUCUGGGGCACUUGGAAAGGCACAUGGAAGGCCCUGAGGUGCACCGAAAAGCAAACAGAAGGCUCUAGGGCACACAAAAAGUCACAUGGAGGGUUCCGGGGUGCGCAGAAGUGCACACAGAGGGCUCUGGGGCUCUCCAAAAGGCAAACAGAAGUCUCUGGUACUCGCUGAAAGGCAUGCAGAGGCUGCUGGGGUGCAGUGAAAACCAAAGCGGAGGGGCUCUGGGGUGCACAAAAAGUCACGUAGAAUGUUUAGGGUGUUCUGUCUCUCUCCCAACCCCAAACCUAGCUUCUGGUCGUGGGCCGAGCCUCAGAGAAGGCUCUCAUCGACGGCCCAGUUAGAGGAAUAGCAACGGAAAAACCUUUCUGCAAUCUCGCCCUCUUAGCAGCCCCUUUGCAGCCCUGCACCAGCAGGAGCUCUAGGCUUCGUGUCUCACCUAACCCCUGACAGUGGCCUCAGCUGAGCCCUAACUACAGCUGGGGGGGGGGGGGGGAGGGAGAUGGGGAGAAACCUUUUUGUAGGGCUCCCCUUCCACCAUCCCUCAGGAUUGCAUCAUCCACAGCUUUUCCAGGAAGACUCUUCUCCAGGCUGUUCUUCCCGGGAUGCUGAAAAGCCGAGAGCCAGGCCAGCAAGGCUGCGGUGACUCGGUCUCACAAGCAAAGAAAUCCAUAUGGGUCCCAGGAGAAAACAGCAGCCUCUGCCCCACUUUUAACCAUUCCACAUGUUUUAAGCGUUUCCUUCAAAAUUGGCUCAUAUCCUGGCUGCAGAAAGCUGUUAAAUGCACCGGGCCAAACCACAAGCUGGUGGAAAUUGGUGCAAAAAGCUUGCAGACUUGUGGGGAGGGACAGGGAAGCAACUCGCUGCUGCAGAUGGGACGGGAGAGCCCGGACGCCGAAAGGCAGCCAGCUGCUCCUCAACUGCCUCCCUUUUUAUUUUUCUUAGAAUGAAACCAGAUCUGUAAAUAUUAAUAUAUUCUAGUUUGCUUGGA